ACUCCAGCCCUCAACUGCUCAUGUGACAGGCUCUCUAGUGAAAUAGAACCAUCCAAUACUGCAGGAGCCAUGUCUGUUUUAGACCCACCCGCCGCCCCUCUCAGCCCUGAGCAAGGCCCAUGAGAGGAACAUUCCCCAGCCCGGCACCCAGAGCUUGCAUUGACUGAUCCCUCACCAGAGCCCAGCUGGGUGUAGCCCUGCGCUCAGAGUGACGCACCCUGCGGGGUUUAGGGAACUCAGCUGUUUUGAGCUCACUGCACAACUUACCACAAAAGGAAGGAGCAUCUCGCGGGGGAAGUUGCAGAGCUGUGGGGCGGGUCAUUUCUCUGCAGCCCCUCGGCACCAUCAGGGAUCAGCCACUCAGUAAAGCCUGCCGUCUAAUCCGCUCCGGCUCUGUUUGGUCAAGACACCCGAUAUAUGGACUGACGGCCGCCCACUCUGCCUGCCCCUCGCUGUUGGGAUGGAGGGGACCCUACGGCCUUCCCUUCUCUUGCUCCUGCUGGUUUUACAGGCUCUAGGGGCCGGCAGAGCUGAGGCAGGCGCGAUGGAGCUGAACAGGAUUCUGGGGGACUCCGUCACUUUCCCCCUGGGGAUCCCAGCAGAGCAAGUUAAAAGUGUUGUCUGGACGGUAAACACAACGAGGAUGAUAGUAACUGUAGGAGCAGGAAACCCCCCCAAUGUCAUUGUGUCCGACCCACCCUACGAGGGACGCCUCAGAGUCCCUGCCGAGAGCAACUCACUUCAGAUCACCAGCCUGAGGAUGAAGGACACAGGCACCUACAGAGCUCAGAUCAGCACAGCUACAGGCACCAUCCACAGACCCUUCCUGCUGCGCGUGUACAAGCAAGUACCAGAGCCAACUAUCCUCUGUGACUCAGUGACCUGUGUGACUGAAACCUGUAACUACAACCUGCGCUGCACCGUCACGGAUGGAGGGGACAAUGUGACCUACAGCUGGACUCACACAGCAGGGAGCGCUGUUGUACCCAAUGGGUCCAUUCUGCACAUCUCUCUGAGCCCCCGUGAUGCUCACCUGAAUGUUACCUGCACAGCCCAGAAUCCUGUCAGUAACAGCGCCACAACCGCCUCUGCAAAGGGCCUUUGUGCAGGGGCCGGCAGAGCUGAGGCAGGCGCGAUGGAGCUGAACAGGAUUCUGGGGGACUCCGUCACUUUCCCCCUGGGGAUCCCAGCACAGCAACUUAUAACUGUUUCUUGGACGGUAAACACAACGAGGAUGAUAGUAAUUGUAAUAGCAGGAAACCCCCCCAAUGUCAUUGUGUCCGACCCAUCCUACGAGGGAUGCCUCAGAGUCCCUGCCGAGAGCAACUCACUUCAGAUCACCAGCCUGAGGAUGAAGGACACAGGCACCUACGGAGCUGAAAUCAGCACAGCUACAGGCACCAUCCACAGACCCUUCCUGCUGCGCGUGUACAAGCAAGUACCGGAGCCAACUAUUGUCUGUGACUCAGCGACCUGUGUGCCUGAAACCUGUAACUACAACCUGAGCUGCACCGUCAGGGAUGGAGGGGACAAUGUGACCUACAGCUGGACUCACACAGCAGGGGGCACUGCUGUACCCAAUGGGUCCAUUCUGCACAUCUCUCUGAGCCCCCGUGAUGCUCACCUGAAUGUCACCUGCACAGCCCAGAACCCCGCCAGUAACAGCACCACAACCGCCUUUGCAGAGGACCUGUGUGCAGCUCACUCAUCAGCCCCGGCCUCCUCGCUGUCCUACUGCCACCUCAAGGGGAUCGUCCUACUGCUGGUGCUGGGAACCCUGAGCGCUGGGAUCAUCACGGUGCACGUCCUCCCCGACAGGGAGCAGAGACGGGAUUGAGACCAGCAGAGCUGC